AUGGACCCGCCCAUUCUUCGAGGCCUCAAUGACAAGAUCUACGAGCGCCGCAAGGCAGCCGCUCUCGAGCUCGAGAAGCAGGUCCUGUCGUCAGAUGGACCGCGCAUCUCGGCUAUCGUCGACCAGCUAUGCGGAAUGUUCGCGUCGACCAACGCGAUGCACACUCGGAAUGGCGGUUUGAUCGGCCUGGCAGCAACAGCAAUCGCGUUGGGACAGGAUGUCGCUCCGUACCUCCCGGUCAUCAUCCCGCCUGUGCUUGCAUGCUUUCAGGAUACAGAAAGUCGCGUGAGGUAUCAUGCGUGCGAGUCGCUGUACAACAUCGCCAAAGUUAGCAAGGGGGAGAUUCUGGUUUACUUCAAUGAUGUCUUUGACGCGCUCAGCAAGCUGUCCUCGGACUCUGAAAUGUCGGUCAAGAAUGGCGCCGAGUUACUCGACCGCCUUAUGAAGGACAUUGUUGCCGACGCUGCGGCCAGCUAUGUUUCUAUCUACCACGACGACGACCCCAACAGAACCCCGAGGGAUAAGCACGAGGACGGCGCCGAUGACCACGCGUCUACCAAGGAGAACAACAAUGACGCACACUCCACCAGCCCGUCCCGUCCUAUCGACAUUGACCGCUCCAAUACCCAAUCUCCAGACCAUCUCGAGGACCACCGCGCAUUCUCGCUCGAGCGGUUCAUCCCCCUUCUCAAUGAGCGCGUGUACGCCAUCUCGCCCUACACGAGAAUGCACCUCGUCUCGUGGCUCAUGGUCCUUAACACCGUGCCCGACCUCGAACUUGUGGCGUACCUUCCCGAAUUCCUUGACGGUUUACUCAAGUAUCUCGCCGAUACCAACGUGGAUGUGCGCGUUGCCACCGAGAACCUUCUCUCCGAGUUCCUGCGCGAGAUCAAGGCGAUCGCUCAGCAACAGGAGAAGCAAGCCGAAACAGACCGUAGCCGUCGCUCGUCCAAGCGUGACAGGCAGGUCAGUGACUCGGUGGCCGUUGCGGAUGACGAGUCGGCUCUUGAUGAUGAGGAGUCGUCCUCUGAGGAUGAUGGAGACGACGAGGACGAGGAAAAUGAGUGGGAGGGAGAGGGGUCUGGUGCUUGGGAGCCUGGACAAAGUGUCAUUGUGGAUCAUGCGGCCAUCAUGGACAUUAUCGUCGACCACCUCUCGUUCCCUGACAACAUGGUGCAGACUACAGCCAUGGACUGGAUCCUCAACUUUCUCGAUUUUGCGCAGACUACCGUUGUUGCGUUUACGCCGCGUAUCGUACAGGCGGUGCUUCCCAACCUGGCCUCCACCAACCGCUACAUUAAGGAAGCUGCAAUGCAGACAAAUCGUCGUCUAAGUGCGGUCAUCCAGAGUCUGCCGCUGCAGGUCGCCGUUCCUUCUCCUGUGCCUCUUACCGCCGUAACGAGCAACACGGCGACCCUUCAAACACAGUCUAGCCAGGUGACCUCUCCUGGUCCAAGGAGGGACAUUGGAUUGUCAGAGUCUCCCGACCGCAUGUCCAAUGUCCUUGCAGCCGGUCUCCCUGCUGGGCCCCUCUCUGGUGGUGACCCGCUUGAUAGCGGCAGCGCCGUUCCCGCCGGAUCGACAUCACUCAAGGUCAAGGCUACAUCCCCUGUCGCAGUCUCCGAGCCGGCUACACCCGCCGCCAGCGAGUUCCCUCCGGUGGUGAAGACGGUCGCUCGCACUCGCCCACAGUCGCCUGUGCAACAGCAAGCACAACAGCAGGCGAUCCAGCUGCAUUCGCAGCCCCAAAGCCAUUCACCAGUGUUGACUGGUGUUGAGCCAGAGCUGGACGAGGACCCCUUCGACGUUCGCGAAACCGUCAACAUGCUCACCCUUCAGUUCUUGAGCGACCACCCCGAGACACGCAUUGCCGCUCUCGAGUGGCUUCUCAUGCUGCACCUCAAGGCGCCGACCAAAAUCCUGUCCCGCGAUAGCGGUACCUUCCCUGCACUGCUCAAGACCCUGUCAGACCCGUCCGAGGAUGUGGUCAAGCACGACCUCCAGCUUCUGGCCCAGAUUUCGUCGUCGUCAGAGGACUCAUACUUCCGCAGCUUCAUGGUGAACGUCCUCGAGCUCUUUAGCACCGACCGCCGCCUGCUGGAGACCCGUGGCAGUCUUAUCAUUCGUCAACUGUGCCUGCACCUCAACGCUGAGAAGAUCUUCCGCACUCUUGCUGAAAUUCUCGAAAAGGAUGACGACCUGGAGUUUGCAAGCAUGAUGGUUGUUAAGCUCAACAUGAUUCUCAUUACCUCUCCCGAGCUUGCCGACUUCCGCCGUCGGUUGAAGAAUCUCGAUUCCAAGGACGGCCAGAUGCUCUUCUCAUCGCUCUACCGCUCGUGGUGCCACAAUGCUGUUGCUGCGUUUGCUCUGUGUCUUCUCGCACAGGCCUAUGAGCACGCGUCGAAUGUGCUCCAGAUCUUUGCCGAGCUGGAGCUAACUGUCCCACUCCUCGUGCAAAUUGACAAACUCGUCAUGUUGAUCGAGAGCCCAGUCUUUACCAACCUCCGCCUUCAACUCCUGGAGCCCGACAAGUACCCCUACCUGCCCAAGUGCCUUUACGGUCUUUUGAUGAUUCUGCCUCAGAGUAGCGCUUUCGUGUCUCUCCGCGCGCGCCUGGCUGUCGUCAACUCAUCAGGCUAUGCUCCGCCGCCGUCCAAGCCCGGAUAUGCCGCGCCGACGGGAACGCGCAAGAUUGGCGUCAAGGAUGAGAUCAAGUGGCAGGAGCUUUUAUCUCACUUCCGCUCUGUCCAAGCCCGCCACGAACGGGCCCGUCGGCAGCUCCAGGCCGUGGACCAGAUCGCGUCCAGCAUGCACUUUUCGUCGCCAUCGCAGACCUCCGGUUCAGCGGGUGCAGGCAAACCUGGACUCCCUGGCUUACCGCGUCGCAAACCCGGAUCACAGGAUAAGCGCAUCGACCCCGGCCUUGGUUCCGGGACCGGACGUAUUGCCAGCGGUCUGUCGCCGUUGAACCCGAAACGUGUAGGCAGCGGUGCCGCCGCCGCACUCGUCGCUGCGGGAGGUGCAGUGGCGAGCAUGCAAGGACUGGGGGUAAUGCGACCCACGAGCCCGCCGCCCGCUGCCUCGCAGCGAAAGCGCGUGUUCCCCAGUGCCGGUGCCGGCCGGCGGUAG